GACUGCCGUGAAGCUGAUCGGAGGUAAAUUCGCUGGUGCCGCUGCCGGUUGCGUGGAGGAAGCUGCUCAUUCCUGCAAAAGUGAGAUAAAACACCUCAAGAAGUUCUUCAAGUGCGCUGGCAACUUCUUUAAGGAGAACAAAGGAAGGUGCUUGAUCGACUAGACACUUUUUGCUGUAUUCGAUUAAUUUGUUAAGGUGCAAAAUAAAAGGCAGAUUUUAGAGAGAGCUUUUUCAAUCGAUCAUUUUCAUCCAGUGCCUCGUAUCUCCCCGACCAAGUUUAAAAUGUUUCAUAGCGAUCCUCGACAUAUAACCGCCACAUGGCAAUGAAAGAUCGUUACCGCGAUGCUCGCGAACAAUAACCAUAUUCUCCAGCUCGUUGUUGGGCCGGAGUGAAAAUAACAUAGAUGAACCGUUUGGCGAAUGCGAGUCACGCGAUUCAUCAUCAACUCGAAAUUCACGCUCAUUACACCUGCGGCACUAUAGAGCAGCAGCGCGACGCUCGACAUUAUCGAUGGCUAUUAAUGUCCGAGCUAUGCAUUGCGCGCAGUUUUCGCGAGUGAGAGGUAUCGAGCGGUUGUCCGAAUCGCGGAUUAAAUGGAGUAAGCUUUUCGCUUCUUGUAUUUUCCCAAUGUGUUGUGCAAGUGUCGAAAACUUAGUCUCCGGUUAACAAGGAUGCAGAGGAAUCUUUUAGCUGUUGCAAUCUGGAUUAGUAUUGUAGCAGAUCAAUCUGCAGGAUUCAAUUUUGAUUACUCUCAGACAGGUCAGCACUACUGGGUGAAGGAGUAUCCCCAGUGCGCCGGUUUCUGGCAGUCUCCAGUAAUCAUAGCGGCAAGCCGAUCGGUAACCUUGCCUCUGCCCGCCUUGGAGAUGAUCGGCUACCACGAUUUUCUCAGUCUUCCGCUUAUCUUCAAAAAUAACGGACAUACCGGUAGGUCGUUUCUUUAUAAACUUAACUAUACUGGUUUUACUAUAUCAUUUUCGCGCCUAAUUUCAGUCUCCGUGAGGGUCAAGCACGAAUUCACGCACAGGCGAUUUCCGUACAUCUUCGGCGCCCUGUUGAAGGAGAACGAGGAGUACGAGCUCGAGAGCUUUCACUUCCACUGGGGACUGAAAAACAGCAGGGGCUCCGAGCACGUGUUGCAUGGAACUCGAUACCCCAUGGAGAUGCAUCUGAUCCACCGGAACACCAAGUACCCGAAUCUGGAGAACGCGCUUCGGCACGAGGACGGUCUAACUGUUCUGGGGGUGUUUUUCCACCUGGAAGAGGACGACAACAACAUGCUGAGGCCGUUGAUAAGCCAUCUGCCGGAAAUCAAGUGGGCCAACAGCGAGACCCAGCUGAAUCAAUCUCUCGUUUUGGCGACGCUUCUACCCGACGAUCUUCAGACCUACUAUACGUACAGAGGCUCGCUCACCACCCCGCCCUGUAACGAGGUCGUCACCUGGAUCGUCUUCGCCUCCUCCGUACCCAUAUCCUACAAACAGAUGAGCAAGUUUAGAUUGCUGUCGAACGGCAAAAGCGUGCUGGCCGACAAUUACAGAGGCAUACAGGAGCUUGGCAAUCGGAAAAUCUACGUCCGCAGAAUGCAUCCGUACUUCUUGAGUAAAAACCAAAUAGACGACCUGGAUCUGUCUACUCUCAAGUGGUACUGGACGUGAAUCGAUGAACAGCAUAUAAGCGUUUUUUUUUUUUUUUUUUUAAGUAUAUAUAUAUAUAAACUCUAUUUAUUGUGUACGAUAAGAUCCUAAUAAAAAAAUUCACACCAA